GGAACUGUACUGCACGAACGGCUAUUCCCGAGUCAAUUCAACGGCAGAAUCAAAAAAAAUUAAAAAUUUACAGUGCGCCAAUUUACCCUUAGACAUAUACAUCGUGAUGGGAGAGAAUGGAAGGCGGCAGCAUGCUGAAUACCUACUUGCAUACCCGCAUAUUGAUUGUGAAAGGAUCAAUAACCGGUUCACCAGCCGGUCCAUAUGCAAGUAGCGAAACCACAUGGAGAAAAGGAAAAAAAGGGCAGAGGCAAGUGCAUCAUUGUUCGGGGGAUAAUCUUCUCUCCCCGGAUCGGAGUUUCUCAUACGUGUUUGGCCGACUAUAAAGUCUUCGGCAUGGGAGCUUCCAUCUGGACUGUUUACCAUCCCUCGGUACAGCAGCAACCAUGGUACAACUAUUCGCAGCUAUUGGGAUCUUGUGUCUCGCCUUUACGGCAUCAGCUCAAUCGACUCGGUCGUCCUCUGUUGUCUCUGCAACCACUCGGUCAUCCUCCGCGGUCGCCAGUGCCACGCCCUCCGGUAUAAACUUGGAGAUCACGACCAAGUCCGGAACCAGGAACAAGACCGCGCCGUAUCUCCAUGGUCUCUUCUUUGAGGACAUCAAUCACUCCGGCGAUGGAGGAAUCUACGCCGAGUUGAUCCGCAACCGGGCAUUCCAGGGCUCCGACGUCGCUUUUGGCCGCCCGAGCAACAUGAGGGGAGCGCGGAUCGUGUGGUCCGAGAACGAGCAGGUGCCGUGGGGCCCUACGCUCACGGCAUGGAAGCCAAUCGGCGGUGCCGUACUGUCUCUUGACGUCCUGAACCCGCUCUCCGACGCUCUGCGGACCGUAUUGAGGGUUGAUAUCCCCACGGACGCGACAGGGGAGAUCGGAUUCUUGAACGAGGGAUGGUGGGGAAUGGAUGUACAGCCACAUCCCUAUGCUGCGUCUUUCUACAUCAAGCCGAACGACGCCCUCUACACCGACAAGGUCACGAAGAUUUAUGCUUCGAUCCGCUCCAACAGCACCGGCGAGGUCUUUGCCCAGGAGACGCUGGAAGUCGACGGCCCGCUCAGCACGAGCAACUACACGCAGUUCAAGACCACAUUGACCCCGUCCAAGGCCGCCCCCAACAGCAACAACACCUUCGCCAUCACCUUCGAUGGUGCCGAGGUUGCCGGAAACACGUUCUUCUUCGAUUUGGUUUCGCUGUUCCCUCCCACAUACAAGGACCGACCCAAUGGCCUGCGUAAGGACUUGGCCGAGAACCUUGCUGCUCUCAAGCCCAAAUUCUUGCGGUUCCCCGGAGGCAACAACCUCGAGGGACUCAGCAUCGAUACCAGGUGGCAGUGGAAGAAGAACAUCGGCCCGCUGAUCGACCGUCCCGGCAGACCGGCGGACUGGUCUUACUACAACACCGAUGGUCUCGGAUAUCUCGAGUUCCUGGAGUGGUGUGAGGACAUGAGCAUGGAGCCAUUGUUGACUGUCUACGCCGGAUACUCUCUCGACGUCGCCGAUGUCCAACCCGCCAACACCGUACCCAAAGAUGAGCUGCAGUUCUACAUCGAUGAGGCGAUCGAGCAACUUGAGUACGCCAUGGGCGGCGUCGACACCAAAUGGGGAGCUCUCCGCGCCGAGCACGGCCAUCCGGAGCCGUUCAACAUCAAGUACGUUGAGAUCGGCAACGAGGAUUGGUUCUCCGACAGCUACUACUGGCGCUUCCCGAUGUUCUUGGACAGUCUGAAGGCGGUAUACCCGGAUAUCAUCUACAUCGCAUCCCAAGCAACCGAGAGCUCUCCCUCCAACAUCAACACUACGAUCCCGUCCGGCAACAUGUGGGACUUGCACCACUACGAGACGCCGCAGUUCUUCAAGGACAACUUCAACUUCUUCGACAACUGGCAAGAGAUCACCGGCUACGAGGGUGUUCAGAUCUUCGUGGGCGAGUACUCCGUUCUCGGGCGCGACCGCGCCGGCGGCAUCGACUGGGCCAACGGCGAGGGCCGCUUCCGCUACCCGACCACCGUCGCCGCCAUCGGAGAGGCGAUCUUCGCCCUCGCCAUGGAGCGCAAUCCCUCGGUGGCCACGCUCAGCUCGUACGCGCCGCUGUUCCAGAACUUCAACAGCUACCAGUGGACGCCCAACUUCAUCGGGUUCACGGCGAACCCGAACGAUACCGUGCUGAGCACCAGUUACUACCAGCAGCAGAUGUUCUCGCUCCACAAGGGCAGCGAGACGCUGCCGGUCAAGAACACGGCUGGGGACUUCAACCCCGUCUGGUGGCACGCGAGCAUUGAUGCCUCCCAGACCGGCACGUUGGCGAGCGGAAAGAUCUUCGUCAAGCUCGUCAACGCAGCAAAGACGGCAUCCCCCGUCACCCUCACUUUCGACGCCAAGAUCUCGUCCGGCAACGGCACGAUCCUCGGUCACGACGACGAGUAUGCCUUCAACUACCUCAACAACGCCACGGCCAUCUCGCCGAGGACGUUCAAGCUCACGAGUAGCCAGAUCAAGAACAAGAAAGUCACCUACACGCUUCCGGGACUGUCCAUCGUAGUUCUGGAGCUGAAAUAGGGGAUGGAUUUGCUUAGUCGUUUUUAUCCUUGGUGUUAAUUAUGUAUUUAUGUUUUUUGGUGUAUUUAUAUUUACGGUCGGAG